UUGAUCUACUGCAAUUACAUGAGCACAUGACUCAUUAAGAUAUGCUCGCAUAGUCAAAGUGUCACAUUCCAACUUGCCUUGAUGUUAAUAAGUUAUUUCAUAACAGCUACAUCAGUAAAAGGUGUUCCCAUACAUUGUGAGCAGCUUACCUCACCUGCCUUCGGAAACGAAAUGGGUGUGACCCACAUACUGCUGCUGCGUCGUCUUCACGGAGUUGCGCAGUGUGUCCUAUCUUUUGGUUGUGUCUCCACUUAUUCAACCACUCCUUUCCUAAAUUUGAGAGCUUUUGCUUUGUGGAUCAAAUCCGGUUGUGUCCCUGUUCAGUAGUUUAGCCUGAAACUGAAAACAGCUAGCAAACAAAAAGAAAUCAAAGAAUUUGAAAAGGGGAGAAAACUUCUACCUUGAGGUACUUGAACUACACACAAUCCUACCAGGUAGCAAAACACGGUCAUGGAUGACAUCGCCAAAGGGAAGAAGGUGUUUGUCCAGAAAUGUUCCCAGUGUCACACUUUGACAGAGGGGGGACGCCACAAGACGGGACCCAACCUCUGGGGUCUGUUUGGGAGGAAGACAGGACAGGCACCUGGCUUCUCCUACACACAGGCCAACAUCGAUAAAGGUAUCAUAUGGGAUGAGGAGACUCUGAUGGUCUACCUUCAAAACCCUAAGAAGUACAUUCCUGGUACCAAGAUGAUCUUCAGUGGGAUCAAAAAGAAAAAGGAAAGAGGAGUUAUUAUAGCCUAUUUAAAGGACGCCACCUCCUAAUAUAUUCACAACACAGAACACACACAUGCAUCCGAGUGUACUCUUUGUUUUCAUUUACAGUUGCUUUUUUAAAUGUCUAGGACUGCAUUUUGUUACAUUACAGCAUUGCUGCCACACUGUUUUUGUGUGUAGGAGACUGUUUUUAAUUAUCUUAUGAGUCAGCCUUUGUGCAACUUGUGCGUUUUCCAGACAUUUCUCAGUCGAGGCUUCUUAAAGAGGCAGCCUUCCUUUGGGACUUUCUAAUAACAGAGUUGUUUAUCUAUUUACUUCCGCUUUCACAGAAACUACAGACUCUGCAUGUUUGACACUUUAACUCUUUCUGCACAGUUGAUUGCUGAUAUUUGGGUUUAUUUUUCUAUUAUGUUAUGUUAACUACUUAAGUCUAUUUCUGUUUUGUAUGUAGUUAAAAAUGUGUUGAAUGGUGCUGGAAUGUCUAUGUCCAACCGGGUGGAAUUACUUUUAUUGUUAGAAAGUUGCACUUUAAAAUGAGUGUGGUUUGUAUUUAUACAUUUUCUAAAUUAAUGUGUGUUUCUGACUUAAGAACAUUAAGGUCAAACAAAUGUGCCAUUUUUUGGUUAAAGUAAUAGUUACAGUUCUGAAACUUGUAACCUGUUGGAAAAAGGUUAAUCCUAGGUGCUUACAUUUAUAUUAUUAUAUUCCUUAGACUAAGUCACUGUUUUAUACUCUAUUACAUUUCUAGACAAUACCUUGACCUCGACUUGAUUAAAUGGAUGUGGCAUUACAA